UAUAUGCAUUAUGUGACAGAUAGGGAGUAUCAGUAUAUUGUACAUUAGUCAAAAUAAAUUUAACAAAAAACUUCUUAAACUCAAAGCUAUGUGGAAACUAAGUUAUAUAUUAUUGUUCGUCAAAUUAUAUUUAAAUUUAUAGUAGCACUCAUAUCCUUUUUUUUUUAUUUGUCACAUACUCUUGUAUUAAAGCAUUAAAUUUGUAUAACUUAAUUUCUUAUUUGCAAAUAAAGCAAAAUUUCGUGUAACUAAAUUCCCUUUACAAAAUAUUUACAUCAUUGUGUUAGUUAUACAUCUGGUAGCACAGCGUGUGUGCAACCGGCUGUCGCAGAAACUCUAGUAGUGACAAAUUUACCGCCGUUUUGGUAGUAAACAAACUGAAUUGGAGGAAAAUAUUCUAAUAUUAAACAAACUGCAAUAGGCAAGCAGAUAAUAAUGGCCUUUUAUAACGAAAAUCUUGGUAAUCGGAUAAUGGAGUUGAUGAGCUAUCCGAUACCGGACCGUUGUGUGGAAUUGACGCAGCUGUUCGAGCGUUGCAGUCUACGUGAACUACAAGAUGUAUUCCCAACAAUAGUACAAUCAGUGUUUGGUAUAGGUAGUGGCGGUCUUGGCUGGGGUUUACGUGCCACCACCAAGGAAAAUUCGCCAAUGUGCUUCGAUGUAUUGCAUGAAUUCUUCUCGCCGAUGGGUCCAAUGUUACGGCUGUGCUAUCGCCUACUUAAUGAAGCUAUAAAAUUUGAAUUAAAUUUGGAUUUGCUGCCGCACAAAGUAAGCGAGAUGAUACAAUCUGGCCAAUAUUCACUUUUCUAUGCAGACUUAGUAAACAUUGAUCCAUUUCGUCGACAAGUCACAUCUCUUGUACUAAACGCAUUUGAUUAUUAUAUGCUGCACUAUGUUAUACACGCUACAUUUCCACUACAUAAAAUGUAUCCAGCUGCAUUGCAAGUGCAUAAUGAGCGCAUGAAAACGGUAUACUUCUUUCUAACAGCUGAAUAUCUAUGCACCUUUCUGCCGGGCAAUCCAGAUGCGAUCGUAUUUCCGACAAAUAUUUGUACGUCAGUUAAGGCGCCACAACCACUGCAGCCGGUGCAACCGCUGCAGCCGCAACGCUCGCCAAAAUAUUUGAAAAUACCAACAAACACCAGUUUGUUUCAAACAGACAGUCCGUCAACGUCAGCGGCAGCUGUAGCGGCUGUGCAGGCCGCACGAAAUUGUGAUUCGCCGCGUACGCAUUGCUGGCGCACAGAAUCAGUAUUGCAUUUCUUCAUAGACACAUGGCUGCGCUAUGAUAUCGAUGAGGCGCGCGAUUUACCGAGCAGCGAAUUUAUACGCGUUGUGCGUAUAUUAGUUAAGCAAGUGCAUACAUUUGCCAAUUCGACGCAUUUGGAUCACACACCAAUGGUGAUGUUACGUAAACUCGCGAAUCCAAUGAUGAAAACGCGCAUUUACCCAUUUCUAAAAAGCAUUAUAGGACGCUGGCCGCUCGAUAGCUCAUUAUCAGUGGUGCUGGAGUUAUGGCUCAGCUAUAUACAACCUUGGCGUUAUCUGUUUGAUGCCCCAAAUGCAGGCUACUAUGGUGUUAAUGCUGCCAACAGUAUGGCGGCGGGCUCUAUUGGCAAUGAAGUAGCAGUAAGUCAACGCUUUAGCACAUUCAUAGCGGAGAAUUUGGUUAUAUAUACGCAAAUUUUUGUCUACAUAUUGCCACGUUUCGAACGUCUGGAUUUCACAACAUUUAGAAAUGUUAUUAUGUUGCAUCGUUUGGUAAAGGUUUUCAGUCAGCCUAAUCUGCCGGCAAUGCUGUGUCAAGCGGAGCAAGCAUAUAUUUGUCAACUCGGCGCGGACUCACCAAGAAAGCAUUCCGUUUACGCCAGACAAGGCAAAACUGAAUGGGAUGGUAUUUUCCACGAGGAAAGCUACACACCACUUUUUGGUCCUGCAGUUAAGUGCGAGAUUGAGCAAGUUAUCAAAACUGUUUGCAUUUCACGUUUAUAUGUGCUGCAAGAAAUCGACAAUAUACGCCUUGAUAUUGUGGAGCAACGCAAAGCGCAUAGCUUUUUGCGUAAAAUGUUUGCCACCAUAUUUGCCGAUGUCUCACCGGCAGAGUUGAAAUUACAAGAGAUUGCUAAAAUACCUGAUGUACUCGACUUAGCUGUACGCUCAUUGUCUGUUAUGUUCGAUGUACGGUUGCCGGAAAUUACAUUGGAACAAAUACACGAUCGCAACAGCCCGCAAUUAAACAUGUCUGCAUACGAUAGUAGUGAUUAUUUGGAUAUAUCAAAAGUUUCACCAAUACAGAUGCAAAACAAUUUAGCGAAUUUAUCAGCAACAAUUGAUCCCGCCACAGUGCCUAUAAAGGAUUAUGAGCUUAAAUUCCUAGUGCGCUUUCUGCACAAAAUUUCCUGUCGCCUAAAUGAAAUGUUUGGCAACGAAAUUCAAGCACUAUGGUGUCGCUCAGACUUUGUCGGCAAAUUAGCACGACAAUUACUGUACCCGCCCAUGACACAGCAGUGGUUUGACAAAUCAAGAGGUGUCAGUGAAUUGUGUGAGGAACGUCUACCCGCCCGUAUAUGCCUGCGCCCAUUGGCCUCAUACCAAGUGCUCGGGCUCAUCACAUUUGCCAUGCUGAUCGGUUACUCAUUAUGGCAUGCGCCCAUUUUCGGACUAUUUAUUUUUAUAUUACUAUUUUCUAUAUACAUCACUAUACUAGCAUUAUUUGUGUAACUGUAUAUAUAUACAUACAUUUAUAUAUAUAUAUAUAUAUAUAUUUAGCUACAUAAUUAUUGUCCUUAACAUUCUCUUAUGCUCCUUUUAUAUUUAAAAUUUCGUAAUAUUUUAUAUAUGUAUGUGUGUUUAAAAUCUAAACUGAGUGCAAAGAAUAUUAUAUACUAUAUAUUAUAUAUAUAUAUAUAUCUAUAUAUAUUGAUAUACUGAAUAUAUACACGUGUAGUGUAUAUAUGUAUAUGUAUUAACUAAUACUAUGCGAUGUCACGAAGUUUUAUUGCCAGUCGUAAUGGCUGAUCGGGUACCGUUACCAAACGCAGCUUGCAGUCAAUUGGUGUUGUAUUGUUACAUUGCAAUUUAAAGUUGCUUAUGACCUGAAAUAUGCAAGAAUAUGUUAGAAAAUUGAAAAUCAGCGCACAAUAAUUGCCGAAAUUAUAAUAUGUAAAAACACACUUACCGACGCCAGUAGGCAAUGCAUUUGUUUCAUCGCCAUGCGUCGGCCAAUGCACGAACGAUUGCCGAUGGCAAAUGGUAGGGAGCCAUGCGAUUGCAAGACUUCACGUAAUUCGCCGGUUUCCUCAUUGCGUUGCCAACGCUCUGGUUUUGCCGUCUCUGGAUCGGGGAAAUGUUUGGGCUCACGACCCGCUGUAUACAAGGAGAGCAGCACCAAGCUCUGUUAUUUAUGAGUUAUAAGAAAAACGCGGUUAAAGGUUAGCAAUACAAAAUUUUAAUAAAGAAACUAAAUGUAAUUUAAGGAAGAUAGCAGAAAUGUUAUGCAAUAAAAAUAUGAUGUAAGUGUAAGUUCGCAUUUAUAUUUACAUUAAAAUAAAUUAAA